UCUACUGUAGGCAAUGACUAGAACAGUUAUUCUGUGGACAGCACCAAGAAGUGUGUCCACUGCAGUCUACAGGUCUAUUACAACACUCAAGAACACUACUGUCAAAGGCUGCCUUGAAUGGUUCAUCAGUCCCUACUACUUUGCCCCCAAUCCACCUGCUGCGCUUCUGGAGUGGCCCUAUCAAAGAGAGCCCGAUUUUUUGUUCUGUGAGCCUUCAUACUCUGUAGUUUGUCAGAAAAUACUCCAGGAUUACCCUGGUGUGGAUGUACUGUUUGCUAAAGAGAUGGCAAAACAUUUGCCCCCCAAAGACUCUGAACAAUUUCCUCAACUUUUGCAGCAACUAAGCGAUCCCAAGGUCACCCACACGUUUCUAAUACGUGAUCCAACAAAGGUUAUUUAUUCACAAUUUAAGCUUUAUAAAAAGGGGGUUGCAAUAGAGAAAGUAAAAGGACUAUUGGAGCUAUACGCUUUGUAUGAGUAUCUCACAGAGACACUGGGUAAGAAUGCUAUCGUGUUUAGCACAGACGAUAUACUGGCUGACCCUGACCAAAUGAUGAGAUUGUACUGUGAAGCAAUCGACAUUCCUUUUGAACCACACAUGAUCGCGUGGGAGGAGGGAAAACUAGAUACAAGAAUGCCAGUGAAAGAAUGGGAGUCCUAUUUCGACUCAUUUCAAGAAUCGACGGGGUUUAUCAAAAGUCCUUCAAUGGACGAGAAACCUAUUCCUAUUCAUGAGCUUCCAACUGAUAUGGUGGAAUACAUUGACACUUGUAACCCUCGUUAUGAGAAACUGUUAGACAAAUGCAAUCGUCCAUGUAAGCCUACACAUUAGCUCAUUAAAGUGACACUCUCAUACUCCUAUAAAUUUGCCAUAAUAUUAAGUUUACACCUGACUGUACACUAUUACAGAAACGAUAAACGCUCAAUAAUUACAAACACGAUACCUCUUGCUUGCUGGUCUGCAUGAGCACACAAUAGAGAAACUGAACGCAGGGCAGCUCCAGACUAGGGUCCAGUGAGGGCAACAACUGAGAGGAGAGCUGAAGAAGCUUCUUGACUGGAGGCUUCAACUUAUCAGGGUUGGAGAGUGCCUCAGUGACCAGUGUCAUGAGCAGGGAGGUGACUU